GUUCAGCUGCCUUGAAGCCUUAGUCAUCUGGGAUCCUUAACCAUCUUGGAUUUUUAUUCGUUUUGUCUCAGUGCGCGGCAGCUGACAGGAUGGUUUCUCAGGGGAUCCAGAUGUUUGGCAUCAUAUCAGCACUGAUUGGGUGGCUGGGUGUGAUUGCUACCUGCGCAAUGCCCCAGUGGAAAGUGUCGGCGUUCAUCGGCUCUAACAUCGUGACGGCGCAGACCUUCUGGGAGGGCAUGUGGAUGAACUGCGUGGUGCAGAGCACGGGCCAGAUGCAGUGCAAGAUGUACGACUCCAUGCUGGCUCUCAGCUCCGACCUCCAGGCGGGACGCGCCAUGAUCAUCAUUUCCAUCCUGGUCGGCGUCUUCGGCAUCUUGCUGUCCGUCGCUGGGGGGAAGUGUACCAACUGCAUCGAGGAUCCGGGCUCCAAGGCCAAGGCGUGCAUCGCGGCAGGGGUGCUCUUCAUCGUGUCGGGGCUCCUGUGCCUGAUCCCUGUCUCCUGGUCUGCCAACUCCAUCAUCCAAACCUUUUACAAUCCUUUGGUCAUCGCUGCGCAGCAGAGGGAGAUGGGGGCCGCCCUCUACAUCGGCUGGGCCUCCUCGGGGCUCUUACUGCUGGGAGGGGGGCUACUGUGCUGGAAUUGCCCCCCAAAAAAGGAGUAUCGCUACGAUACCAAGUACGCUCCUCCCAGGACCAGCUCCUCGCCCAGGGAGUACGUGUGAGGGGCCCAGGGCAAAUCCAGAGAACAGACUGCUAAUACAGACCUCCCAGUGCCCUCUCCACAUCUGCGUGUGGAUGUCUGUGUUCUUAUUGUUUUCAUUGUUUAUUUAUGUAGCACAUACAUGUAAACAAUGUACAUAUAUUGUUUUGUUUUUUCAUUCUAACUUUUAAAAAAAAGGCAAAAACAUUAUGUUAAAUCUUGAAUUGUAAGCUUAUCCUACCAAUGAAAUACUAUGUUAAAAUGGAAAUUUUGGCACAGGUACAUAUAAUUGAAAAUGCCGUCUACGGUAGUAGAGGGUCAGAAAUAUGGGUGUGAAUACACAUUUAAACUUUGGUCUAAUUUCAACACUUAUGCCAGUGGUGGACAAGAAACCAUAAAGUUACAGUAAAUAUGCUGCUUUUCUGUGUUUGUUUUUCAGUCUGCUGUUUAAUGAAUGGUACAAGUCGUCUUCAUGUACCCAUGAAUAAAACAUGUCACAGCAAUCA